CGAUCACUGAGAUAGUACGGGACAACAAAGUAAACAUGUUCACGAGGAAAGGACAAAAGCUACAGAAAGACUGUAAAAAGUAACUCAAAUAUUUAAUGAUGGACGACCAAUAUAUCCGCCCUCCUGGACGUACUUUACUGAACUGCACUAGUCAACUCUGCGCUGUCGUGACAUACCAGUAUGAGGUGAUUGUGGUCCCGGUCGUCCUCAUAGGGAUUACUAUAAUUCUGCUUGGCCUAGUUCUCUGGCUACGAUUUCGAGGAUUGCAAGCGAGCAAAAAAAGAGCCCAUGCAGAACAUCAUUCCCAGGAGAGCUGGACAGGUGUGCCGUCAGGGAUCAAUUUAGAAGAGAUGUCAUUGGACACUGUCCUCAGAAGACGAGAUCCCAGACUCUUGGCUAUAGAAAUACCAUGUGAGAGGAUCAGAAAACCCUUUCAGUUGAUGGGUGAAGGAAGGUUUGGCCCAAUCUACAGGACGGUGUUGGGAGAUACAAAUGGAAGUAAAGGCAGGAAUGUUGUUGUUAAACAGCUGAAAGACACUGCUGAUCCAUGUGAGGUUUAUGAUUUCCUGCAGAGGGCAGCAUUUCAAGUAUCAUUGGGUUCACACUGUAAUUUGGUGGAGAUUGUUGGGUGUUGCACUGAAACGAAUCCAUUUUACAUGGUGCUAGAAUGUGUGAAGCCGGGAUCCCUAUUACAUUUUCUCUGGGAUUGCCGCAGGGAUUUCGUACCGAUGGAUGGAAUACUUUAUGACAUCACCGAGUGCCAAGUUUACACAAUAGCACUACAAAUCCUGUCUGCACUGGAAUUUCUACAUGAACACAAUGUAGUACAUGGUGAUGUUGCAGCCCGAAAUGUUCUCAUCCAGCAAGAUUUCACCCCAAAACUGAUUGGACUAGGAGGAGCCUGUGAUAUGCAUUUGAGGGGUACUUUUCCUGUUCGACGCCCUGCACCAUUGAAAUGGAUGUGUCCAGAACGUCUUCUUCACUUGUCUAUUACAGAGAAAUGUGAUGUAUGGUCUUUUGGAAUUCUGCUUUAUGAGAUGAUAACUCUGGGUGCUCCUCCUUACCCUGAGAUUCCUCCUUCUAACAUCCUGCAGCACCUACAACGUGGUAACAUUAUGAAGAGACCCCCCAGCUGCAAGCAGCAUUUGUACAAUAUUAUGAAGGCCUGCUGGGCAUGGAAAGUGGGGGACCGGAUUUCUGUUCCAGAGCUGCGAAAAAGACUAGAAGCUGGCAAGAAAUCUUCCAAUGACAGGACAGUGCUGCAGAUCCCUGAGCUGGUAGUACCAGAGCUGUACGAGAGAGUAGCAGGGACGGAAUAUCGGAUAAUGGAGACUGAUCACACAAUCUUCUAAGUCUUGGAAGAUUUGCCCAGACUGAUAUUAUUAACUGCAUUCAUUUAUGGAGCCCAAGGACAAUGCAUUUUUAAAUGAAGGACAGUGAUUUUAGUAUAAAAGGACAGUGAUCUGAUCAUGGGAAUGUUACAUUAACAUUUUCUAUACCUUGCCAAUGGUCCCACUGACAGUGAAGAAGUCAGAAAACACCAGGCUGCGUUCAGGAGUCUCAAAACCAGUUGUCGGUAACUGGCAUGCAGGUCUGCUGUCACAUUUCUCAGUGAAUUUCUUAGUUUACAUUUUUUAUGCAUAUUUUUUCUUACUUGAACAUUUUCAAUUACCUGGAGAGAAAACAUCUAUGAACAGAUCUAA